GAAACAAAUGAUGAACGACUCAGAAACUUCGGUCUACUUGAGCUGAGGGAGAAGGAUAAUGCUAUGUCGUCCCUGAAUGUCACCACCGCUUUUUUAUCACUCCGGCAGCCGGAAUUUUUCUCCGAUAAAGUAAAUCGUCGAUGCCUCAUCGGAAAUUUUCCUAAUCGGAAACCAACCAGGCCGCUCUCCGUCGCUGCGAAUUCUUCGGAGCCAUUGCUGUCGACUCCUGCGGAAAAGCCUGAGAUCGAGCUCGAAUUUAUUGGGCCGAAGCCGGGAAGCGACGGAUCGUUUCCGGUGGAUACGGUCAAGGCGAUAAGCGGCGACAAGCUUUUGAGGAAUAUAAUGCUGGAUAAUAAAAUCGAGUUGUACGCCCCCUAUGGAAAAUUGAUGAACUGUGGUGGUGGUGGAAGUUGUGGGACCUGUAUUGUCGAGAUACUUGAUGGAAAGGAUCUAUUGAAUGAGAGAACAAAUACUGAACUCCGUUACCUGAAGAAGAAACCCGAAAGUUGGAGGCUUGCAUGUCAGACAAUUGUUGGCAAUAAAGAGAACUCUGGAAAGGUGGGGUCACUUGAAUAAAAAUAACAGCAGAGUUCACUAACACCAAGGAAUUAGUCAAACAUGAGUUGUAUUUACUCGAUCGAGGGAGAUUGGCAUAGGAUACAGGGAAAGGUAAAGAAAACCCCAAAAAAACAGUUUUUUUUUUCUUCUUUUAGGGAUAAUUUAGUGAAAGCCACCUUUAGUUUAAAUUGCCACUUUUUUAAAAGGAAAAAAAGAGGGAAAAAAAAGUUUAGAUUCGACUCAUUUAGUUUAUUUCGACUCCACAGGUCUUUUCUAAAUAUUCCAAAAAUGUCUUUUUUUAAGGGAAAAAAACCUUUUUCGAUAUCAAAUGUUGAUAAACUUUUUUUUCCUUUUGAAAAAGAAAUGUUGAUAAAAAUUUUUGGUGAUUGUUUUCUUUGGACACCAAUGGAUUGUCUCUCUACCUGAUCCAUAUGGGAAAGAAUUUUGACUUUUGGGAGAUCUAAUCAAAGAAUUAAGAUUGUCAAGAAAACUAAUAAAAGUACAUAAAUUCAAUUAUUCAAACAAAUUCGAUAACCAUUUUAUUUUUUCCUUUACAUUUUCAUUUUUAGUGGAUUUUUCAAGAUUACAGACAAAAUUUUAUUACAUUUGAAUUUUUAUAUAGAAUUUAAGUAGUUUGUCAAUUUUUUUAUUUUUGAUAAUUUUACUUUUUAAAAAAAUAUAUUUGAAUUAUUAGUUAAAAUUUAAAAACAAAUGAAUAUUUUUUUUAAUAUUACCUCUUUAGUAUUUGAAAAGAUUGGUAGAAAUAAAUAACUUUAAUAGACGGUGAAAAUAGGGUUUAUAACCUUAAUUUUUGGAACCCAAAAACCAAUAUCAUUUUGCUAUUAGUAUUUUUAUGUUUAAGGUUUAGGGUUUAGUCAUUAGUAUUUUAAGUUUUUAAAAAAGUAUAUUUGUUUUUUCACUUUUUUUAUACCAUGCAUGAUUUUAUCUUUUUAUAUAUAAUAUUUGAAUGUUCAUAUAUAUAUAUAUAGCAAAACGACCAACUUAUUUACAAAUAUACUAAAAAAAAAACAUUCUUGUCCGUUGAGGAAAGAUGUUUUUGUUUUGUUUUAUUAUUAUUAUUUGCUAUGUUAAAUUAUAAAAAGAAAACAAGUUUUUAAAAAUCCAACCAAACCUCUAUAACCUAAGUUGACUCUUCGACUGUACAGUAAGUGCUAAGCAAAAAGCCAAAAGGUGGGGAAAAUAAUACCAAUAAUAAUAAUAAUAAAAUGAUAGCAUUUGUGUGGAGUGGAGUGGAGGUUGUUGUUUUAUAGGCUCCUUCAAAGUUGGCAAUAAUUUGACUAUUUGAAAAUCUAUCUUUCACUUUGUCAUUUAUAUUUGAUAUGGAUUGGAAUUGAGUGCCCUUAUCCUCCUCCAACCACCCCCUUCUCUUUAGGACCACCCCUCUCUAUGAAUAGACUACACUCUUCUUUUCAAUUCUAGCUAACGGAACGUCGUUGGGCUUGUUUUUUUCAAGUUUUGAUUUGGUUAAUUUAUAAUUUCGUUCGGUUUAAAGGUUUUAUGGUUGUAUCUGAUACUUGUUGUAAACUUUGAUGUUAUUAGUAUUAUUAAGUUUAUGAAUGUUUUGAGUUUAUGUUUAAUAAGUUUGUACGCCUUUUCAACGUAAGCGAAUAUAUGGAGGAGGAUGACUAAAAAUUUAGAUCGUAAUGAAUAAUACUUUCUAUUGAGUUUCUUUUUUCUUUUUC